AUGGCGUCCUUUCCAGGCGCAAACCAACCUUUGUCACGACGCCGUUCGCAUCAUUCAAUAGACAUUGCUUCUCUAAACCCCAGCGCUCCAACUAGUCCAAACACCACCCCUGAUCCAGCACCUCCAGCGAUUCCAGUUCUUGAGCAGCUUUUAGGUUUCAAAUCCAGGACUUCUUAUUUUUCGUUAUACCGACCUCUCAAUACGUGGCAUCAACGAACUGUCCUCGCAUUAGCAAUCAUAUUAUCCUUAGCAGCUGGAGCUCCGCUGCCUAUCAUUGGUGUAAUCUUUGGAAAGAUAAUAAACCAUUUCCCGCCUGACGAAGAUGAAUUGCAGACCAGAAUUUGCCAGCUGCUGGGAGUUUCUGUUGCGUAUUUCUUCACUACUUGGGGAUGGGCUACUUGUUGGGGUAUAGUUGGAGAAAGAGUCUCGCGAGGUUUGAGAGAGGAUUUGCUGAAGAAAGCAGUGGGAAUGGAGAUUUCCUACUUUGAAAUUGAGUGUCCAGAUAUCGCAAACCGGUUAACAGCAGACACCCAAACAAUCCAUUUGGGCACCUCCGAAAAAGCCGGCCUGUUUCUUCAAUCGGUCUCUUAUUUCAUCGCUGCAUUCACCGCCGGGUUCUUCUUGAAUGCCCGCCUAACCGGAAUUCUGUUUGCAGCGGUGGUCCCUGCCAUGCUUAUUGUCAUUACCUUUGGCUCUAAAGUAGUCGCCAAAUAUGCUAGAGAGGCAACCGAAUACUCAGAAAAAGCAACUUCGGUGGCUGAAGGUGCCAUAAUAGCGGUGCAAGUGGUUCAAGCAUUCGAUGCGCUGGAUAAACUUGCCGAUGAGCAUCUGAAGUUUAUGCGGCCUGCCAUCAUGAAGGGAGCCAGCAAGGCCUUUGCUGGAGCACUAAUGCUGGGGCUUGUUUAUUUCGUGGCUUACUCAGCCAAUGCUCUUGCUUUCUGGCAGGGCUCUCAGCAGAUCGCCGAAGGCUCAUUUAAAGAGGAUGAAGGAGCAGGAACGGUAUAUACUGUAGUACCUUCGCACUAG